AUGCGCGACGAAUAUCAAGAGUGCAAUGUCCCGCAAGACACUUGCCCCCAUACACACUAUUUACAAGCUCGCAAAACAAGCCUGCUUUCAUACUCUAAUCCCUCGCCACCUGCGGUUUUGCUGCCUGGUAGAACGUCGACCUCAUCGCUUGUUGAAUACUGUGCUGUACUCUUCGACGACUCCAAUGCUAUCGACAUGUCUUCUCAUUCUCUUCUGUGGGCACACGGUAGAAUUUGCGUUGGGCAAGCUUCAGCUUGCGCAUCCAUUAUAUCUCUUCCCUCCUUCCCCCACUACUACAUACAGCAACCCCACACUACUGCAAAACCGCCACACCGUCUUCAUUUACCUAUUCCUUCUCCACUCAGCGCACUCUCUUUCUUCGACGCCUCAUCGAUGGUGACGCUAGUCACACACACUCUCUCUCUCAUGUCCGACAACGACGAUUCAGACCAUGAAUUCACAGUGGAGCAGUACUACGCUGAAGCUUCACGUGCACUAGCUUCUCUUGGGCUUCGCGAGCGCCGCCAACCAGAGAAUCCGCUGGACUCCAUGACCAUUGCCCGACUCCGACAAGAGGCAGAACAGAUCAAGAAAACGAUCGAUUCCCUGAAGUACCGGCGGGAUGUCAUCGAAGAGCAGCUUAAAACUGUGGUUUACCCUGUGGACACGCUCCCUCCGGAGAUUCUGUGCAAGAUCUUCGCUGCGGUUGUGUUCUCGGCGCCACGAACUCAAGUCGAUGUUGCCCUCUUGCGGCUCACUGCGGUAUCUCAGCGGUGGCGCGCUGUGGCUAUCGCGGACCCGCAUUUGUGGACAAGGACCUGCUAUUUCAUUCGCUUUAGUAAUCAUUGUGAUACUCUUCAUCAGCAUUUUCUCCAGCGCGCACAAGGCUUACCAAUCACGCUCUCAACUACCGGGUUUGACUUGGUCCCCGAUCGUCUUCCCCGCGGCGUCUUUGACUCUGCUUCACAGUGGAUUGAAGCACAUCUACAGGCCGGGUUUAAUGCCUUCGACCUAUACGAAGCCACAUUCCGUAGGGCUACCUCGCUACCAGUAUUCGUGCCCUUUGAUUUCGACUUCCCUCAAUUGACAAAACUUACACUUGACAUUCCAAAUAUCGAUAGGUUUAACAACAGUCGCAGUCAACGGAACGUUUUUCAAAGUGCUGUUCAUCUCCGCGAAUUGGCUGUCUCAAACAUUCUAUCGAUCUCGCAGUUCGCAAUCCCCACACAACGGCUGCGCAAGCUGACCGUUAAUGGUCCCGCACAAUACCUGGACGUCAUUUUGAUCCUUCCAGAACUGUUAAUGCUGGAAGAACUCUCUCUACUUACCCUUGUGCGCAAUCCCGAGUCGGACGCCGAGAUUAUUGGGAACCCGAGUCGACCAUUACCAUGCCCCCUGAAGACUCUUCAUCUAUCGUAUUUCACUUUUAAGGAUGUGAAGUCGUAUAUCCACCCGGACCACCCCUGCCUCACUCGUUCCAACGCCAAUAUUCUAUCUCUGUUCAUCGUAUCGACCUGGAGCUACAAGGUCAUUCAAUCCCUUGUGUUUUCUCGCAAUUCCCCAGUGUUCCACUCAACCCAAGAGUUUGUCCUCCGUCUCUUUGACAUGGACGCCGAAAGCGGCAAACUCCUCGCAGCCGACUUUGCCCAACUUGCAUUCCUACCUAAUCUCGAGUCGUUGACACUUGUGGUACCCCAGCCAAGGGAAGGGAAAUCAACCUCAAUAAAAGCAUCCUCUCUGACGAUUGAGAUCGGUCCAUUCGUGGACGGCCUUGCCAUGCGUGUCGCCAACGCGCUGUCUGCAGGAGUGCGACACACAAUGAAGCUGAGCCGAUUCGUUGUUGACUGUGCAUCGUCGGCGAUCUCCGACAAGGACCUAGGCGACUUGAAGCACCUGCAGGACCAAUUGCAAGUCCCAGUCUUGAUGCCAAACGGACAUCCUUCGAGGAACACAUGGGAACGUAGGGAGCUCCGGGGCAAGGGUAUCGAUUGA